AAACGCUCGCAGCCUCCUCUGUUCGGUUCUGCUCUGCUUCACCUUCACUAGAUAGAAACCAGGUGCGUCCUUUAGCUAGCACAUACCGAGAACUGCUCUGUUAGAUCGGCAGUCGGCCAUGGUGGGGAUCACGGUGCCCAUCUUCAUGGACAACAUCCCACUGGUGAAAUGCGCUAAUGCGGCGGCGGGGGCGGUGCCGACUGUCGACCUGUCGGCGCCGGGCGCGGCGGCGGCCGUGGAGCAGGCAUGCCGCAGCGUGGGCUUCUUCAGGGCGAUCAAUCACGACGUGCCGAUCGCGCUCACAGACGCGCUGGAGGCCGGCGCCGCGGCCUUCUUCGCGCUGCCCCACAAGAGCAAGCUGGAGGCGUCGGCGAGCCCCUUGGGCUACGGCAGCAAGAGCAUCGGCCGCAACGGCGACGUGGGCUGGCUCGAGUACAUCCUUCUCUCCGUCGGGUCCGGCUCCGUCGCCGCCGCCUCCCUGCCGCCGUCGCUCCGGGCGGCGCUGGAGGAGUACACGGACGCGGUGCGCGAGGUGGGAGCGCGUGUGCUGGAGCUCAUGGCGGAGGGGCUGGGGCUCGCGGAGGAGAACCGCGACGUGCUGCGGCGGGUGGUGGCGUCGGACGAGGCUGACAAGAUGGUGCGCGUGAACCACUACCCGCCGUGCCCGUGCCCCCUGGCGGCAGGGCAGCGCGGCGUGACGGGGUUCGGGGAGCACACGGACCCGCAGGUCAUCUCCCUUCUCCGGUCCAACCGCACCGGGGGCCUCCAGAUCAUGCUCCCGGACGGCCGCUGGGUCUCCGUGGCCCCCGACCCGGAUUCCCUAUUCGUCAACGUUGGCGACUCCCUGCAGGUGCUGACCAACGGGCGGUUCCAGAGCGUCAAGCACCGGGUGGUGGCGCCGGCGGAGGGGGAGCAGUCGCGGCUGUCGGUGAUCUACUUCGGUGGGCCGGCACCGACGCAGCGGAUCGCGCCGCUGCCGGAGCUGAUGCGGGAAGGGGAGCUGAGCCUCUACAGGGACUUCACCUGGGCCGAGUACAAGAAGGCCGCCUACAAGUCCCGCCUCAGCGACCACCGCCUCGGCCCCUUCGAGCUCUUCCCCGCCGCCGCCCAAGACUGCUGCAGCAACGCCGUCCAGCCGCCGGUGCCGGCGCCGGCGCCACCUCACGUGGCACGAGUGCACUAGCGCGCUCAGCAGGAGCUGUUUACUGUACCUGUUUAUUUAAUCCAUGGAUCCAGACAUAUGUGGUAACUAAAAGUAGUAGUAGGACUAGUUGUUGCUACAUGGCUGAGUAGCCCAAAACUGGCAUCGCACCGGCGGCACCUGCCUGCCCAAUGUGUCAUGCUGGAAAAGAAAGCCGGCCUUGUAAUUUCCACUAGUAGCAGCAGCACUUCCACGUACAUAUGCAAGCACGCAUGCUCUCUUGUCCCCUUUUGUUUGUUUGCUCACUUUACACCGGCAGGCAACGGCUUCUGCUCGCCACUGCCCG